AUGGCGGCAAUGGUCAACUCUCCUAUACAACAACAUUCUCCACCCUACAACUCCCCCCGUCAACUCUCCCACACAAUAACAUUCUCCACCCUACAACUUCCCUUAUCAACUCUCCCACACAAUAACAUUCUCCACCCUACAACUCCCCCCGUCAACUCUCCCACACAACAACAUCCUCCACCCUACAACUUCCCCCGUCAACUCUCCCACACAAUAACAUUCUCCACCCUACAACUCCCCCCGUCAACUCUCCCACACAACAACAUCCUCCACCCUACAACUUCCCCCGUCAACUCUCCCACACAACAUCCUCCACCCUACAACUUCCCCCGUCAACUCUCCCAUACAACAACAUUCUUUACCCUACAACUUCCCCGUCAACUCUCCCAUACAAUAACCUUCUCCACCCUACAACUUCCCCCGUCAACUCUCCCACACAACAACCUUCUCCACCCUACAACUUCCCCCGUCAACUCUCCCACACAACAACCUUCUCCACCCUACAACUUCCCCCGUCAACUCUCCCAUACAACAACAUUCUCCACCCUACAACUUCCCCCGUCAACUCUCCCAUACAACAACAUUCUCCAUCCUACAACUUCCCCCGUCAACUCUCCCAUACAACAACAUUCUCCAUCCUACAACUUCCCCCGUCAACUCUCCCACACAACAACCUUCUCCACCCUACAACUUCCUACAUCAACUCUCCCACACAACAAAAUUCUCCACCCUACAACUUCCCCCGUCAACUCUCCCACACAACAACAUUCUCCACCCUACAACUUCCCCCGUCAACUCUCCCACACAACAACAUUCUCCACCCUACAACUUCCUCCGUCAACCCUCCCAUACAACAACCUUCUCCACCCUACAACUUCCCCGUCAACUCUCCCACACAACAACAUUCUCCACCCUACAACUUCCCCCGUCAACUCUCCCAUACAACAACAUUCUCCACCCUACAACUUCCCCCGUCAACUCUCCCACACAACAACAUUCUCCACCCUACAACUCCCCCGUCAACUCUCCCACACAACAACCUUCUCCACCCUACAACUUCCCCCGUCAACUCUCCCACACAACAACAUUCUCCACCCUACAACUCCCCCGUCAACUCUCCCACACAACAACAUUCUCCACCCUACAACUUCCCCCGUCAACUCUCCCACACAACAACCUUCUCCACCCUACAACUUCCUCCGUCAACUCUCCCAUACAACAACAUUCUCCACCCUACAACUUCCCCCGUCAACUCUCCCACACAACAACAUUCUCCACCCUACAACUUCCCCGUCAACUCUCCCACCCUCCAUCAACUCUCGUACAACAUUCUCCGCCCUAAAACUUCCUCCGUCAACUCUCGUACAACAACCUUCGCUGCCCCACAACUUCCUCCGUCAACUCUCGUACAACAACCUUCACUGUCCUACAACUUCCUCCGUCAACUCUCGUACAACAACCUUCACUGUCCUACAACUUCCUCCGUCAACUCUCGUACAACAACCUUCGCUGCCCUAA